CCCAAAAUGCUUUUUUAUCCGGAAAUUAGUAUUCAAAAUGAGUUAAAGAAAUUGAUGUCAUGCGCCGACCAGGAAUAUGACCAUCAGCUUAAGGAGAAACGAAAAAGAUUACAAUCGUUACUGCAAUCAGAAGAGGAGCAACUAGAGCGAGAAAUAAUGCAAAAGUUCCAAGACGAGGAAGCCACACGGCUGAGGGACAAAACGAAUGCCCUUCUUAGUGCUAAGCAGGAUCAGGAAAAACAGCGGUUGGAGUUUGUGAAGAACAAAAUGAUACAACUAAAGCUAAACAAUUGCGACGAAAUACGAGCAUUUCUGCAACAGAAGUAUCACCAAGAAUCAAAGAAGUGUCAACUUGCACAGAUUGAGGAUAAAAUGAGACUGAAACAAGCAAAAAUGGACGAAGAGCGAAUGUGGACGGAGGUGCACGUGCGAAAAUAUAAGAUGGAGCUGCAAAAUGAACAAAAGGAAAAACACGAUAGGAAAUCGAUGGAGCGGAAGAUGUGGCAAGAUAUACAGCAGCAAAUUAAAGAAAAAUCUCUGAAAGCAAUUCAGGAUAAAGUGGAUUUACAGAAGGUAUUUUGUGCUUCCCUACCAUUCCCCGAUCACGAUCCAAAGCUGAAGUCCAUCGGUAAGUCGGAACUUGCAGAACAGUUGAAUGAACAAAUUGCGCUACGUAAAGAGCUGCAACGAAAGCGAGACGAACAGGAUAUGCAAGUUAUUCGUUUGUUAAACGAAACCACCGCCAAACAACUUGAACAGGAGCGACAGGCACGCAAAGCCGAAGAUCUUCUCCUGAAAAAGCAAAAGGAUCAGUUCUUUCAAUACUCCAAGCAUGUAUUACGCCAACGUCAACUUGAAGAAGGCAAGCUGGAAAAGCUUAUCGCGGAUACGCGGGAAAAGUUUGAUCAGGAAAAGUUGGACGCCUGUCGACGGGAAAAACAGAAACGGCUACAGAUGGCUUCCAUCGCGUACGAAGGUCAGCGGAUGCAAAUAGCGGAAAUGGAAGCUCGGAAGGCACGCGAACGAGAGGAACGCCAACAGACAGCCCUUCGUGAGCGGGAACAGCUGGAAAAGAAUCGUGAAGAAGCCGAACGAGCAGAUUGCAGAAUACAGACCGCUGUCCAACAGUACCGUGAUUUGUUGAAGGAACAAAUCAAAUCGGCAUCACUGGACAGGGAGCGCAACAAACGUGCCAACCAGCUGGAAACGAACCGUUUGAUCGAGCAUAGCUUCAAUGAACUGAGCUUUGUGCAGAGUUAUGUGAAGGGUUCAUUCGAGGAACACUUCAAAAAGCAUCCCAAUUUGUCGCUGAUGAAACGAAAGUACUGA